GGCAGGGGGAGCAAAAUGACGGCGAAGGUGCCUGUCAUAGAUCUGCUGCUUCCCGAGGAGGAGGUUGUCAAGGCCAUCCGCAAAGGAUGCGAGGAGGUGAGCGGAGCAAACAGGAGAGGACGCGUCUGCGCCAAUCUCGUUCAUCGUCUUGCUUGUCUGGCGGACACUGCAGAUUGGCUUCCUCUGCAUCAUCAACCAUGGCGUUGACCCAGCUGUCGUGGCGGGCGCCUUCAAGGCGAUGCACGACUUCUUCACCCUGCCCCUUGAGACCAAGAUGAAGAGCAAAGGAACACCUGCAGGGUGCGACAGGCAGCCGCAGAAACAGUCUUGGAGCCCGUCACACACUCUCUGCGCGUGUGUGUGUGUCUGAUCAGCUACAUGCCACUGCAAGCUCAGACGCUGGACCCUGGUACGCACAGACAGGCAGACAGACAGACAGACAGCUGAAUGCCCCCUGUCCAUCUGUUUGUUCUUUGGGCAGAGAACCAGACCGAGCCAGACCAAAAAGAGGGCUAUGGCAUGGUUGAGGAGGUGCCCGCCGGGCACGAUCCCAACGAGUUUCCCUUCCACGGCAAGCGUGUGUACCCGGACGACAGCGACGUGCCGGGCUGGCGGGAGGCCGUCAUGGGUUACUAUGGUGCGGUGCGGUCGCUGGCGAUGCGGAUGCUGCGGUACAUCGCCUUGGCCAUGGAGGUGCCCGACGCCGACGCAUUCAUAGCCAAGAACUUCGAGUGAGCGGACGCUCAGCAGCCUUGUUGGGCGUGGUCGACCGAUAUAUGUGUCUGUUCGUGCCCAUGACAGGUUCCCCAUCUUCCACAUGCGGAUGCUUCGGUAUGAACCGCGGGCGUCCAAUCCGGCAGAGGGGCGACUCGCGGCGGGCGCACACACUGACUGGGGUGAGAACAGUUCAACAGAUGUGACCCUCAUAAUGAAUGCACGGUGGGGUGUGGUCUGUGUGUCUGUGUUUCUUGUAGGGUUGAUAACACUGCUCAAGACGGAUGGCGGGGAAGGACUGCAGGUGCAGCCGCGCAACUCUUCUGAGUGGCUCGACGUCGAGGAGCCGGCCAAUGCCUUCGUUGUCAACCUGGGAGACCUGCAGCAGGUGCGUCAGCCACGUGGCCCCAACUGAUUUUGUCAUAUGUGUGUGAUGCCCGCGGGGCUCUGUGUUUGUCUGUCAGCGGUGGACCAAUGAUGUGUUCACUUCCCGGCCGCACCGAGUGAUGCUCAAGUCUGACAAAGUGCGAUAUAGGUAAAGGCCCCUGUGCACACAGACCUGACAAAGACACACACACACACACACACAUAUGCGAGCUUGGCCUUCUGUGUGUGCGGCGUGGCGUUGCAGCAUAGCCUACUUCUGUGAUGCGGACGAGCGCGCAUUGGUCGAAUGUCUGCCGUCGUUCCAGUCGCCCUCCCGCCCUCCCCGGUAUUCGCCCAUUACGCAAGCGGCCUACCUGGCGGCCAAGUAUGAGCAGACGAUCAAGAAGGAAUUCAAUGUCGUGAGCGCCAGUGUCGAAAGGGUGGAGGAGAGUGCCGUUGUGUGAUUGACUGAUAUGCAUGAUGGGUAACGCAUCGCGGCCUUUUUGCCGCUGAUGGCGACCUUGUAUGGCAAUGGUGUUCAUGAUGAUGCACUGCGUG